AUGGCGAGCUCGGAUUUCGAAGAGAUUGUCAAGAGGUGCUUGGAUGCUCGAAGCUCGAAGCCAGGGAAGCCAGUUGCGUUUGAGGAGCAGGAAAUCAAGGCUCUAUGCCUUCAGGUCCGGAGCAUUUUCCUCUCGCAAAGCCCCUUUUUGGAGCUGGAGGCGCCUAUGAACAUCUGCGGGGACGUUCAUGGGCAGUUUCACGACCUGCUUCGAAUGUUCGAGUAUGGAGGGUUUCCGCCCAAUAGCAACUAUCUUUUUCUUGGCGACUACGUGGAUCGAGGUAAGCAAAGCCUUGAAACAAUCGUGCUCCUCUUUACAUACAAGGCCCUACAUCCAGAAAACUUUUUCUUGCUUCGUGGCAACCAUGAGAGCGCGUCGAUUACGCGCAUCUAUGGGUUUUAUGAUGAAUGCAAGCGACGCUUCAACAUCAAGCUUUGGAAGAGUUUCUGCGACGUAUUUAAUUGCCUGCCAGUUAGUGCCCUGGUCGAUGAGAAAGUCAUGUGCAUGCACGGGGGCCUUUCGCCCGAGCUCCAGCACUUCGAUCAGAUUCGGAAGAUCGUUCGCCCCACAGACGUGCCGGACUCCGGCCUGAUAUGCGACCUGCUGUGGUCAGAUCCUGACAGGGACUACGUCGGCUGGGCUGAGAACGACCGUGGCGUCUCCUAUGUGUUUGGGACCGACGUCGUUGCGGCUUUCCUCAAGCGAUACAACCUUGACCUCGUCUGCCGAGCCCACCAAGUGGUUGAAGACGGGUACGAGUUUUUCGGCAAGAGAAACCUCGUCACCUUAUUCAGCGCCCCGAACUAUUGUGGCGAGUUCGACAAUGCGGGGGCCAUGAUGACUUUGGAUGAGACGCUGAUGUGCAAGUUCAUCGUCCUGAAGCCGCUUGGCAAACUCUGGAAAGUGGGUGGUGAGGAUAGCAACAGAUAG